CUCUUCUCCGUCGUUCCUCUUCCUUCUCUGCUUUUGUCACCUUUUCUUUUGUCUCUCUUGGCCUCAAAAGAUAAAGAAGCAGCUAUUUGUAAGUGUGGAUCUCUUCAACAAUGGUUCGUCUUCUCAUCUCCAUCACCGUUCUCACUCUUCUUAUCCUUACUUUCUCUUUCGUCUCAGAGGUACGCUCAACCAAGUUCAAGAUAGUGAACAAGUGCCGCCACACGAUAUGGCCCGGAAUUCUAACCGGCGCCAAUCGUCCAGUUCUGUAUCCAACCGGAUUCGUCCUCAACAGCGGCAAAUCGAGGACUCUAUCAGUACCCAGGGCCUGGUCGGGUCGACUUUGGGCUCGGACUCUCUGUGCCCUUGACUCCGGCGGUAAGUUAUCUUGCGCCUCCGCCGAUUGUGGUUCCGGCAAGGUGCAAUGCGCCGGCAGCGGCGCAAUACCUCCGGCGACGCUCGCUGAGUUCACGUUAAACGGAGACCAAGGGUUGGAUUUUUAUGACGUCAGCUUAGUCGACGGGUACAACCUUCCGAUGCUGGUGGUGGCUAGGGGAGGAAAAGGAGGGGGUUGCAGUUCGACGGGGUGUCUUGUGGACCUGAACAGAGCGUGUCCAGCAGGGAUGAGGGUGGCGCGUGCGAAUGGGAGCGAGAUCGUGGCGUGUAAGAGCGCGUGUGAGGCAUUUGGUGAUCCCAUGUAUUGUUGUAGCGAGAAUUAUAAUACUCCGGACACAUGUCAACCGUCGAUUUAUUCGACGUUCUUCAAGCACGCCUGCCCACGAUCCUACAGUUAUGCUUACGAUGACAAGACCAGCACCUUCACCUGUGCAGGCGCGGACUACAUUAUCAUCUUCUGCCCAGCACCUUUCACUAGCCAAAAAUUGCUGGGAAGACGGAGGGAAGCUGCAGAGCUGCCACUAGUUAACAAAACUAUGAUGUACAUUGGAAGGCAUCAUUUGAGUGGGUGAUGUAUCAAAAUCUGCAGCUGGAGAGUGGGCAUCAUCUCCUGAGCCCAACUGUUGUGAUAGUUCUUUCGUUCACUCCCCUGAAAUUUGGGUCCAAUCAGUGAAUUGGCAGUUGUACAAAUAUCACAAGUAAUCUUGUACAUAGGUUGUUAUUCUUGUACUAAUGAUCGUCCAUCCACCAAUUAUUUCAAUACGUUAGUGAACAUUAGAGAUGCUAUAAUGGGGAGAAAUUUAGAGGUCUGUAGGGCGUAUAGAAAGUUAUUUGACAUUUUUCUGGUCAGAUAGUCAUUGGACCAUGUGGAUGGACAAAUUUGCAUGAGAUCCAAUGGUACCAACUCCCAUUCUUUGGGGGAAGGCAUCACCAUCAUGGGGAGAUUGUCUAUAUUUGUUGACCUGAGUACCUGAAACACAAGUUCACUAUUACAUAGUAAUCGAUGUAGCUGUUUUGCCGGGCUUUAGAUUCAGAUAGUUGGUUGCCAUUUUAAUCUUUGUUUGGUUAUAGUGCUUCUCUUGAGGGUUUGACAACAUAAAAUAUGUUUGUCUUAGCUAUAUGCCAACACAUCAAGAUCUAAAUAUGUAGUGUUUG